GCCUCGGAGCUCUCCGGUAACAGAGACAGUGGACGACACUGACUCACACUGCCGAUCCACACACAGCACAUUUAAGUCUCUACCUGACCCGCAACCUGACAAGCCGACUGGAGGAAGAAGAUGAAGAUAUAAAGGAACUUUCCUCUGGUUUUUGGGGCUGUUUACGAUCCGCUCUUGACAGCAUAUUUCUCUUAGAUUCGGGCAUCAAAUAAAGUCAGUAUGCAUGUCAUUGAAUCAUAAACACCAGAUGGCGGUGAGUUGAAAUAUCACUGCAACACAUCUGAGUGUUGUUGGUACGGGACAAGGUGUUUUCCCGACCUCUUUCAUAAAAACUGCGGACGAGACAACUUCGUUUUUGCCCACCGGUGGCGGACCUUUUAUUUUCGUCCUCAAUUUUGUCAAACAUCAUCCGACCCCCUACUCCUCCUCCUCCUCCUCCUUCACCACCUCUCCUCCUCCUCUUCCUCCAACCGUCUUUACUCGACAAUACAGCCACCGAGGAGACAAGACUACAGCCUGCCUGCCAGCGGCCAAAGGGAAUCAAAUUAACAAUUUAGUCAAUAGCAGCACAGGACUGGACGUUCACAAGGAUGCUACUCCAGCACAGACACUACUAGACGGUCCAAACAGCCGCUGCCAAUAUGUUUAAGCGAGGUUACGGUGGGGUGGAGUUACUGUUGGUGCUGUGUGGCCUAGAUCUCUCUCUGCCCUGCCCUCGUCACUGCAUCUGCUACACUUCACCUAGCACCGUCUCCUGCCAGGCCCACAACUUCCAUGCCGUGCCCGAGGGCAUCCCCGCCCAGAGCGAGCGCGUCUUCUUGCAGAACAACAAGAUCCAGAGGUUGCUUCGUGGCCACUUCUCACCCACCACCACCAUGUUGUGGCUUUACUCCAACAACAUUUCCUACAUACAACCAUCCACGUUCCACGGCUUCGACCGCCUGGAGGAGCUCGACCUAGGGGACAACCGGCACCUGAAGGCCAUCGCUUCGGACACCUUCGUGGGCCUGGGUCGGCUACAUGCCCUGCACCUAUACCACUGUGGCCUGAUCAGCCUGUCUCCAGGGAUCUUUGCAGGCCUCCAUAAUCUCCAGUAUCUCUACCUACAGGACAACCAGUUAGAGUUCCUGGAGGAUGACCUGUUCAUCGACCUGCUGAACCUCAGUCAUCUCUUCCUGCACGGCAAUCGACUAUGGAACCUUCGCCAGAACACUUUCCGUGGUCUGGGGGUCUUAGACCGCCUGCUCCUCCACCAAAACCGAAUCCAGUGGGUUGACCGUCAGGCUUUCCAUGACCUGCGCCGCCUCACCACCCUGUACCUGUUUAAUAACUCCCUGACUGAGCUAUCUGGUUCCAGUCUGACUCUACUGCCGGCCCUUGAGUACCUACGACUUAAUGACAACCCCUGGGAGUGUGACUGCAAGGCCCUGUCGCUCUGGGAUUGGCUGCGGAGGUUCAGAGGCUCCACCUCCACUCUGAUGUGUGUUUCACCACCAGAGCUGGCGGGAAAGGAUCUGAAAACACUGAAGAAGGAGGAACUGCCCAGUUGCUUGUCAGGCGAGGGUCAUGCACACGGUGCCCCAGGUGGGGAGAUGGAUCAUGGAGAGUCGUUGAACCACCUUAAUCGUCACAGAAACCAUCAUAACCAGCAUCAGCGGCCGUACUUGCCCCACGGGGACCAAUACAGCUUGCCUUCACCCUCGCCCCUGCCACGGCCGCCUAAGGGAGGCCGAAGAAACUGUACCCGCCGGGGCCGCAAGGCAAAAGGGGGGCUCAAUGAGGUGCAGAUACUACGGGAGGGGGGUGACAAAGACUAUACUCCAGAUGAAGGUAAAUAUGACCUGUCUGCAACUGGAAGGAGGAAGAACAAGUGCACCCCCAGAACUUCUGUCGGCCCACCAAGUGGGGUCCAGAGAGCCAAUAAUAAAGCAGGGUCACACCUUGCAGAUUAUAGUCUCUGUUUCUCAUCAUCUCUGCUGCUGUCACUCAUCUCUGUGAUCCUACGCUGAGAGUGGAAAUGGACACUUCUGUGCUGGUGAUGCAACUCUAUGAUUCAUUCUCCUGAAACACCCUGCCCUGGCUCUUUAAAUAAGGCAUGUGUGCAUAACUGUGUGUACAUGACUGUGUAUAAAGAACAUUAUCAAAUAUCUAUUGUCGAAGUAUCCCUGAGGUAUUAAGGCAGGGAUCUUUACGAGUCAUAAUCAAACCAUGGAAGUCAGGGAAAACUAUUUAGCCCAUUGCUUUGAUGAUGUCACCAAGGGAAACAACAGGAAAACUUUGCGUUCGUCUCCGUGGCAUCGAUUACUUCACCGAAUUGAUGUACUUAUAAAAACUGUACAGUCCCACAAAAUAACCAGCCAAUGAUUCUUUCGAAUAAUAGUGAGACAACACACAAUAAGGAUCAAAACAGUUCAAGGCUCAGUCUGUGUUUAGCCCUCGUGACACAAUAGUACUUUCUCUGUGCACCCUCCAUCUGUCGCUCACGCUGAGACAAUGACACAGACAUUCAUAUCUGUCACACUUCACACUCAGCAGCACCUUAAGAUUCAGAGACAAACUACUGCAGUCACAAGUGGCAGUACAAUGCGUCAUCGUGAAGAGCUUCAGCAGUGAAAACAAUAAUUACUAUACUGUACGUCCACUAAUGAAGUGGUUUUACUUCCAUGUUUCACGGCAGGGUUAACCCACUUUACUGCAAAUCUGUAUUCUCUGGAGUUGUGAGACAUCUAUAUAACAAUUCUUCAAACUAUUCAUGAUAAAAGGUGUCCUCUGUCCUUGCCCUUGCAUCCCAUCAACUUAAAAGCCAUUCAGAACUAACCAAUCAUUAUAUGAGCCAACCUGUCACAGCCAGUGCAAAUGAGUGAGUGGAGUGAGCAAGUGAAAACUUAUGUGUUACUGUUAGUAUGAAUGUGUGUCCACUAAAGAAACCACUAAAGCCAUGCGGGUAGAAUGAAGCUCGAUAGCUAGAGUGCCUAAUGAGAGCCAGUGGCCAAUGAGGACAAACUGUGGAGGUAAGAGACAGUCUCAUUCACUCUUCGACCUCAUUGGCUACAAACAAGAGGCCCCAACGAGCCUGAAAGGUCAACUUAUGCAGGCCAUGGAAAAGCUGAGGCCUGAGCCUGGCUCACAAAACUUCUGAUUCCCAGAAAUUUUUAUGCACUUUCCUCUCUAAUGCUGUGGGGGUUAAUGGAACAAAUAUUACCCUUCAAGCAGAGAUGAUUCAAUCCAAAUAGUGGCAGGAGGGUUUCACGUGUUGGAAAAAAAAAAAAAGGCCCUACAAUCAGGGAAAGUACUGACGACCACCACAAGACUGCAAUAUUUCUCCUGCAACAG